AUGCCGCCUCCACCUGCUGGAGGCGCCGCAGAGCGCGCAGCUGCUGAGCUUUCGACCUCAAGGGGUCUCUCUGCAGCAACAGGCGCAGCAGCAGCAGCAGCUGCAGCGGCAGCAGCUGCAGCAGCGACGGGGCAAACGCCAACAAGCUCGUUGCUGCAGCAGCAAGGGGCGCCAUCAGCAGCAGCAGCUGCAGCAGCAGCAGCAGCUGCUGCUGCACCUUCUGGUCCCCAAGGGAGUUCCGCAGCAACACCCCCAGCAGCUGCUGCAGCAGCAGCAGCAGCAGCAAAUGAUCUAGAUGGGGAUGUUCAGAGUCUCUUUAGGAGAUUCUUUUCUGGACAAUUAUUACGUAGACAAUUAUUAUUACAAUUACCUCAUCAACAGCAACAGCAGCAGCAGCAGCAGCAACAACAACAACAACAACAGCAGCAGCAGCAACAGCAGCAGCAACAGCAACAACAACAACAGCAACAACAGCAACAACAACAGCAACAACAACAGCAACAACAACAACAACAACAGGGUACAGUUGGGGGGGCCCCUCCUCUAUUAUCUGUUGCAUUACGAUGUGUUAUAGAGGCUAUUAAGAAGGGGCCCCCUAGUUCGGUGUCAGGAGUGGUUGUCCCUGGUCCGAUGGCAUUAAACAUGCAGAAUGAGCGUUUUCCUAAGAUGUUGGAGCAGCAGCACCAGCAGCUGCUGCAACAGCAACAGCAACAGCAGCAACGGCAGCAGCAGCAGCUUCUGCCUCAUGAUCAUCAGCGGGAUGCAGCGCAGCAGCCUCCUCCGCAGCAGCAGUUUGGUUUGUUAGGUGGUGCUAGCAGCAGUGCCAGCAGCAGCGGCAGCACCAGCAGCAACAGUGGUCCUCCCCCUGGGAUGACUAGCAGCAAUGCGUCUGCUGCAGCUGCAGCAGCUGCUGCAGCCGCAGCAGCUGCAGCAGCAGCAGGUGGUAGCGGUUCAGGUGGUGCAGGUUUGCUGCUGCAGCAGGGAGGCAGCAGCAUGGAGGCUCUGCUGUCUCGUGAUGAAGAGUUUAUGAGGGAUUUGCUGCCUCCGCCUAUAUGGUUUAAGGAUGCUGCUGCUGCUGCAUGCAACAGCAUGUGUGCUGCUAAUGUUGCAGCAAAGGCACUGCAGCUGCAGCAGCUGCUGCGUCCUGAAUUCCUUCCUUGGUUAGCUCUUUAUCUUGUUAAGAAUAGAGCAACAAAGGAGCCUAAUCAUCAUGCGGUGUAUAUACAGUUUAUCUUGCUGCUGCAGCAACCAAGACAGGAGUUAGAACAGCAGCAGCAACAGCAGCAACAAGAUGGUGAUCAGCAGCAACAGCAGCAACAGCAAUCCCAGCAACAAUCCCAAUCCCAGCAACAAUCCCAAUCCCAACAACAACAGCAACAGCAGCAACAACAACAACAGCAGCAGCAGCAGCAGCAACCAUUACCCGUCAUGGAUUGUGUAGUAACUACUACUUAUGAAUGUGUUAAAUCUUUACUACGUUUUGUUGCAACAGCAAAAGAUUCAUCAGCAUUUAGGACAGUCCUUAAGAAUCUUGGAUUAUGGCUAGGCAGUGUUACUAUUGCUAGGACGAAUCUAUUAUUUGAUAUAGAAGUACUAUUUAAACGUCUUGAUCUAAGUGUAUCAAAUUAUGGAUAUGAGAAAUGCGUGUUACCUCAGCAGCCGUUGCCAGUAGACAGUGCAGAUUUUGUUGCUAGACCUCAGCAGCAGCAGCAGCAGCAGCAUCAGCAGCAGCAGCAUGAUGCGGCAGCAGCAGCUGCUGCAGCUGCAGCUGCAGCUGCUGCUGCCGCUGCUGUACGAGGUGGACAGGUGCAACAACAACAACCGGGCGCAGGAUUAUUUGCUGCAGAUGAUAGAGGUGUACGAGCACUUGGGUUGCUCCUCCAGCAGCAGCAGCAGCAACACCGAUUCGGCAGUACAGGUCUACCUCUUGAUACGCAGCAGCAACGUGUUUUCGAUGCUGCUGCAGCAGCUGCAGCAGCAGCAGCUGCCGCACAUACACCGGGGACAACUCCUGCAAGAGCUGCUCUGCAGCAGCAGCAGCAGCAAUCGUUUGUUGAUGCUGUACCACGGAUGGACUCCGCAGCAGCAACUGCAGCAGCAGCUGCUGCAGCAGCAAGAAGGGGGGCAGCAGGAGCAGAAUCCUUCGCCCCUGUGGCAUCAACCUCACAUUCUCCUCUCCGUCUAGGUUCUGCUGGAGCCCCUGCAGCAGCAGCAGCAGCUGCUGCUGCAGCAGCAGCAGCAGCAGCAGACCCAUCACCUGCAGGAAGAGAUACUCUGCUGCAGUCCCUUCGUUCUUGUGUUGUUGUGUCUCCUUCUAUUGCUCUCUUUGCCUUACAACCAUCACUCAAGGCUGUCGUCCCUGUUGCUGUAGAAAGAGCUAUUCGCGAUAUCAUCUCCGCUGUUGUUGAACGAUCAGUAUCAAUAUCUUGUGUAGCAACACGUGAAUUAGUAUGCAAGGAUUUUUGUGUAGAGAAGGAAGAAGCAUUAGCCUUAGUGGAGCAGGUGGCCCAUAUAGUUGGCGCGGAUAAUCUUGAAUUAGGCUGUGCGGUGAUCGAGCAGGCGGUGGUGGAGAAAGUACUACGAGAUAUAGAUGUAGCAAUAGGUCCAUCCUUAGCAGCAAGAACGCAUGCAAGAGAGAGAGGAUUAUUAUUUAUAGAUCCUCAGUUUAUACACUGCAGCGGUAGCAACAGCAACAGCAGCACAAGCAGCAAAUGGCCUAUGGCAUUACCUGAUCCUCUUAAACCUAGACCGUCACUUUGUACUAGACAAUUACAGGUCUAUAAGGACUUUCUUGCACUUGGGCCAUUAAGGAAGAUGCAACAAUCUGCAGCAGCAGCAGCAGCAGCAGCAGCAGCGGCUCAACAGCAGCAGCAGCAACAACAGCAUCAACAGGCGGCAGCUGUUGGACUUGCAGCACAAGCAUUAGCGGGAGGUGCAGCAGCUGGAGCAUUACUAAGACAACAACAACAGCAACAGCAGCCUGCAGCUUUCGCCGCUGCUGCAAGAGUACAACAGCAGCAACAGCAGCAGCAGCAGGUGGAUUUGGCGAAGCUACGAAGUCUGUCUUCCCAAGAAUUGGAUGUGCAGCAGCAGCAGCAAAAGUUGCUGUUAUCUCGUGUUGCAGCAUCAAACUCACCGGCAUCUGCUGCUCUUGCUGCAUCGUCUGUAUCAUCUUCAGCAUCAUCAGCAGCAGCAACAGCAGCAGCAGCAGCAGCAGCAAUACGUGAACCUUUACCUAUACCUGCUGCGGGUUCUCUUAGUAAUGCUGAUGUUGUUGCUCGUUUUGACGAUUGUUUAAAUUUAAUUAAAGAGGAAGUUAUCGCUAUUUUUGCUUGUCCUCCUGUUAUGCCGUCAAGCCCACAUACAGAGAGGCUCUUUGUGCUGCUAGAGUCUGCUCUUGCUAUAGCAGCAGCAGCAGCAGCAGAAGCCGAAGCAGCAGCACUCCUUGCUCAUAGAGUGAUGCGAGCUAUGCUUGCUGCUGCCUCUUCCUUCCAAACACGUCCUUCGCAUUCUCCUAUUAGAGGGGUUGAUAGAGUCUCUCUCUAUUUGGAGGUAUAUGCUGCACUACUGGAGGGUCUACAGUCUGGCCGGGUUGAAGUGCGGCGUCUAUGCACCGAUGUGUUUACCCUAACAUGUUCAACAGCAGCAGCAGCAGCAGCAGCAGGUUCCGGUACGGGAGGUGGACCCUUGGGUUCUGCUGCUGCGACGGCUGCAGCAGCUGCUGCUGCUGCAGCAGCUGCUGGAAACACAAGUCCCGCGGCAGCAGCUGCAGCAGCAGCUGCAGCAGCUGCAGCAGCACAAUCGGCAAGCCGCCGCAGCAGUGUUGCUGUCGCUGCAGUGCUGUUGCGGUAUGGUCUUGUUGCUGCAGCAGAUGUUGAUGCUUACUUAGGUAAAGAAGUACAAAGGCAUGCAGCCAGACAGGGAGGAGGCUUCCUAGAGUUCGCUAUUGCGCUUCUACGGCUGCUGCAAGAGCAGAAGUGCUGCAACGAAGCAGAUUGGCCUCUUACUCUUGCUGCUAUUGCUGGAGCACAACUGACACCGCAGCAGCAGCAGCUGGAAGAGUCAAGAAACAGACUUACAGAGGCAUUCAAGGCGGAACAGCCACAGGAAGAUCCUCCGGUGUACAGCUUGUUGGCGUUGGUGCAGCAGCAGCAGCAGCAGCAGCAGAAUCAUCAGCAGCCGAUAGUGCGUCAGCUGGCAUGCUUGCCUCGUGUGUCACGGCAGCAGCAGCAGCUGGUGGAGCGUGUGUUCCGUGAUUGGUUGCUCCUAUGUGCUGCAACAUCUGGUGGGGGUGCAGCAGCAGCAGCAGCAGCCGCAGCAGCAGCAGAACGCAGCUUUGUUGUAAGAGCAACAUUCUUCCAGCGUAUCUCUCAUCAGGGAUUACUGCGGAUGGAUGGUAACACCGAUCGCUUCUUUGCUGUUUCCUUGAAGCUAGCUGUUGCUGCUGCUAUUGCGCCCUUAUCUGCUGCAUCAGCAACAGCAGCACCUGCAGCAGCAGGAGCAGCACCGGAAGAUGGCUCAUCACCAGCAUCAUCGGCAGCAACCGCAGCAGAUGCCUCUGCAGCAACACCAACAACACCAUCAUCAGCAGCAACACAAGCAGCACCAGGGGUUCCUCGUGUAGAUGAGCAACCAGAAGAAGUAAGAGAAUUAUGUGUAUUAAGCUUAGAUGGUUUUGUUAAGAUGAUUGUUGGAAUGAUGGCAUUAGUAGACCCUAAUCAGAUAUCUCCUGUAACGAUACUACAAAGAGCAACAGCAAUAAUAUGUAGGGCAAUUCAUGAGGAAGCAGAAGUACCAGCAGCAGCAGCUGCUGCAGCAGGUGAUGAUGAUGCAGCAGCUGCAGCAGUAGCAGCAGCUGCAGCGGGAGCAGCAGCAGAGCGUCAAAGGGCAUAUUAUAGAAUAUUUUUAUUGUUAUUAAAGGAGUUGGUUGUGGAUAUAGAGGAUAAUCAGCAUCAUAAUAAUAAUCAUCCUCAUCAUCCCCAUCAUCCCCAUCCUCACCAUCCUCAGCAGCAGCAGCAGCAGCAUGGGCAAGAGAUGCAUGCAUUGGCAUGCUUACAGACGUUAGGAGAACGUUUAGUAAUAUUAUCUCCUCUACGUGUUCCUUCUUUUGCCUUUGCAUGGCUAGAUCUAAUAGACAACAGCAACAGCAACAGCAAGGUGCAGCAGCAGGGGGAGAAGAGGGGGCGGGAGGAGAUGGUCUUACAACUUCUCCACAACAGCAGCAACCUAAAACAUCAACAACAGGAGGAUCACCAGCUGGUUCACCAGCAGCAGGAGGCAGCAGCAACAGCAGCAUGA